UAAACUCUAAUAAUAUCCAUUUUCGACUAGGACGAAAUCCUAAGUAAGUCUCGGGGACAAGACUAAAAUUUAUUUGACAUAGACAAGGGUAAAAUUUGAUUUCAAUGUAGUAGUAAUAAAUGUUGGCAUUAGAAGCUUUGAUGAAAUCUUUAACCAUUCGUACGUCAACGUAGCGUUCGAGAACGGAGACCGGUGUAAUUUCGAAAAACAAAGGGAAGUUCAUUCCAACUACUGAAAACCUCGGGGACAGUUAGUGUAGUAAACCCUUAUUUCUUUUUUCCUACAAACCUCUCGCGCCCCACGUGCACUUAAUAAAAUGAUUUUAGCCGAAAUUUAUAAGCCAAGACAGACGUCAACAAUUCCAAAAUCAGUUACUACCACACUCCCACUUCCCAUUUCCCAUCACUUCCAAAAGAACAAAAACCAUGGAUUUCUUAACAAUACUUGUCUACCUCUUGCUAGCCAUAACACUACUUCAAGCCAUUCUCUCACUCAUAACAGCAGCCAACCGCCGCAAGCUUCCGCCAGGGCCAACCCCAGUCCCCAUCCUUGGCAACCUUCUCAAACUCGGCACCAAACCACACCACUCCCUCACCGACCUAGCCAAGGCCCACGGCCCGAUCAUGACCCUCAAGCUCGGCCACAUAACGACGGUGGUGAUUUCCUCGGCCACCGUUGCAAGAGAAGCCUUGCAGAAGCAGGAUCUUGCCUUUUCAAGCAGGUCAGUGCCCAAUGCCUUGCACGCCCACGACCAGUACCGGUACUCGGUUGUCUGGUUGCCGGUGGCCAACAGGUGGCGGAGUCUUCGAAAGGCGUUGAACUCGAAUAUAUUUGCGGGGAGUAGGUUGGAUGCCAACCAGCACUUGCGGUGGCGUAAGGUGGAGGAGCUCAUUGCUUACGUCCGGAAAAGCAGCCAAGGUGGUGAAGCAGUGGACAUCGGCCGAGCAGCAUUUAGAACUUCUCUCAAUUUGCUAUCCAACACCAUUUUUUCGGUGGAUUUGGCAAACCCAAAUGAAGAUUCAGCUAAAGAGUUCAGGGACUUGGUUUGGAACAUCAUGGUAGAAGCUGGGAAGCCGAAUUUAGUAGAUUACUUUCCCGAGUUGGCCAAGAUCGAUCCCCAGAGUAUAAGGCGACGCAUGACAACUCAUUUCGGGAAGGUGCUUCAAUUAUUUGCCCGGUUGAUUGAUGAGCGUGUGGAGUUGAGGCGAUUGCGCAAGACGUUGGGGAACAAUGAUGUUAUUGAUAUUCUUUUGAAUAUCAGUGAAGAGAACCCAGAUGAGAUUGACAGGACGCACAUCGAGCGUUUGUGCUUGGACCUAUUUGUGGCGGGGACAGAUACAACUUCAAGCACAUUGGAAUGGGCAAUGGCCGAGGUACUACACAAUCCAGAGACCUUGAAGAAAGCAAAGGCUGAGCUUGAACAAACAAUUGGCAAAGGAAAACUAGUCGAGGAGUCAGACAUCGCACGUCUCCCUUACAUACGGUCGAUUGUGAAAGAAACCUUAAGGAUACACCCACCAGUCCCAUUUCUAAUCCCUCGUAAAGUUGAAACCGAUGUUCAAAUUUGCGGCUACAACGUGCCUAAGGGGACCCAAGUUCUGGUAAACGUUUGGGCCAUCGGCCGGGACCCAAGCACGUGGUCUAACCCGACAUCGUUCAUGCCUGAGAGGUUCUUGGACUCUGAAAUCGACUUCCGAGGCCGGGAUUUUGAGCUGAUUCCGUUCGGUGCAGGACGAAGAAUUUGUCCGGGGUUGCCGUUGGCGAUCCGGACUGUGCCGGUGAUGUUGGGUUCGCUUAUAAACUCGUUUGAUUGGAAGCUUGGAGGGGAAAUUGCACCCAAGGAUUUGGACAUGGAGGAGAAGUUUGGAAUAACACUACAAAAGGAAAAGCCUCUUUAUGCUAUCCCGUUGAAUUUGUCAUGAGAAGACUGUGCUUUCAAUUUCGUGCUUUAAUAAAGCCGGAAAUUAUCACAAUUUUUCUGGCUCUCUUUGUAGAAAGAAUAUUGCCUUUGUUUACACGUAGUAGUCUUUCCUUAUCAAGUACUAAAACUUUGCCGUAA